CUAUUUUUUGUAGGUGGAAUUUUUGGGGCUGCGCACAUCCCCCCUUUGGAUUCCUUACAGUUUCUGUCUCCGGCUUGAAGGAGAGGACAGGGGAGAGGGAGAAAGCGAUAGAAGAGUGGAUUUAGUACUGAAGAGAGAGAGUGGGAGAGGAGAGAGGGAUCAUGUCUGGACUCUCGGCAGUGUUGAAGAGCUGGGUCAUCCUGCAGACUCUGUGCCUGGCUCUGGCCCAAGUGAACGGUCCUCCAGGACCUCAAGGCAAUCCCGGUCCGCCCGGUCCCUCUGGCACCCCCGGGUCUGAUGGCAUUGAUGGGGAAAAAGGACCUCCUGGGCCUUCUGGCCCACCAGGGUUGAAGGGGGACCCAGGUGAGCCUGGUCCAGAUGGACCUCCCGGAGAGAACGGCAUCGACGGUUUGAUGGGACCAAAGGGAGACGGCGGCCCUAUUGGGAACCCUGGACCUAAAGGCCAGCCUGGACCUGGUGGUGAACCUGGACCCACUGGACCCGGACUGCCUGGACUGGCUGGAGCCCCAGGCCCAAUCGGCCUUCCCGGUGAGAUUGGACAGACUGGACCUACGGGCAUAUUGGGAGAACCUGGACCUCCAGGAAUUCCAGGACCCCCAGGAAAACCAGGUCCUCCGGGGAAGUUCUUGGGAGGAGAGGAGGGCAGUGCAGACUUCCAGUGUCCAAUCAACUGCCCAGCAGGGCCUAAGGGUCCCCAGGGUCUGCAGGGGGUCAAGGGACACAAAGGUCGUGCUGGUGUGCUGGGAGAGCCAGGCAGCAUUGGGAAACUGGGUACGAAGGGAGAGGUCGGCAUCUCUGGUGAGCAGGGAAUCCCAGGACCCCCGGGUCCUAUGGGAUUGAGGGGUUACCCAGGAAUGAUGGGCCCCAAGGCAGAGGCGGGCCCUCGUGGUUACAAGGGCAUCAAUGGACCAGUUGGCCAACCUGGACCCCCAGGUGAGGAGGGACCUCAGGGACCACCUGGAGAGGCUGGGGAGAAAGGAGAUUUAGGUGGUCGAGGUAUCAAGGGCCCACAAGGAGCUGUUGGCAAGAAGGGAGAGAACGGUCUGCCUGGUAUCGAUGGAAAGGAUGGCACUCCUGGCAUCCCUGGAAUCAAGGGUGCCCCAGGGCAGGCUGGGAGGCCUGGUGGUCCCGGUCACCAGGGAACAGCAGGUUUGCCUGGCAGCCCCGGAACCAAGGGUGGACCUGGAGGCAAGGGAGAGCCUGGUCCCAGAGGUCAUGUCGGAAUGUCUGGUGCCCCAGGACCUCAGGGUGAGCCUGGUCUUCCUGGUGAAGCUGGUAUGGAGGGCGUUCCUGGACCUAAGGGUGACAGAGGCCAGAGGGGAGCUGUAGGGCCACAGGGUAUUGUCGGCAAGGCUGGCAACAAGGGUAUGAGAGGGCCUAUGGGUGUCCCAGGGGCUCAAGGCAUCUCAGGAACCAAGGGAGACAAGGGAUUCCAAGGAAAAGUUGGGGCGAAGGGAGACUUUGGUGAUCCUGGUGUAGAAGGCUUGGCUGGAGAGAAAGGAGAGAAGGGUUUGGGUGGUGAGCCUGGACCCAAAGGACAGCAAGGAGUGAGGGGAGAGACAGGGUUCAAUGGCCCCACAGGAGACUCAGGCAAACCAGGAGACCAGGGACCAGGAGGACUGCCUGGGCCUCGCGGACUCAAUGGGGAGAGAGGAGUUCCAGGCAUGCCAGGCAUUGUGGGGGCAGCAGGACGGGAUGCAUCAGACCAGCACAUCAUUGAGGUGGUUCUGAAGAUGCUGCAAGAGCGUCUGGCGGCUGUAGCGGUGAGCGCUAAGCGUGCCGUACUGGGUGGAGCCGGUGUCAUGGGUCCCCCUGGUCCUCCUGGACCCCCAGGAGCUCCCGGGGCUCAGGGCCCACACGGCCUCACCGGCGCCCGCGGCAUCCCUGGCAUGUUUGGAGCCUCCGGACAGAUCGGCAACACGGGACUGAAAGGAAAGAGAGGAGCGAAGGGAGACAGAGGAGAUCCUGGUAAACCACAUGCUGGCCAGCCAGGACCCCCGGGAAUAACAGGUCCCUCUGGUAUUGACGGAGUGGCUCGAAACGGUAAGCCUGGUGAGCGAGGCCCCCAGGGCUCGGCAGGAGAGGCUGGCCGUCCUGGUAAGGCGGGCCCCACUGGUCUUCCAGGGUUCUGUGAGGCUGCAGCCUGCCUAGCUGCCUCGGCCUACACCUCCCCCAGACUACAGGACUCCGCCAGGGUCAAGGGCCCAGGAGUCUAACCUGAGACCUCUCCAUCAAGAGCCCCACAACACCAGGGAGAAAGAGAGACAGAAGAGAGAGAAGCAGGGAUAGAGGAGAGAGAGAGAGAACUCUUCUUUAUUGGAUCCCAACGAGAGCGAGGAGUUGGGGAAAUACUAUCAUGACUGACAUUGCCCCUCUGACCCCUAAACUGACAACCUUUAGUUGAACUGUUUGGAGACUGUUUGCAACAUACACCAUGCCCAUCUACAUUAAAUCACCCUGAGGACAGCCACUCACAGCCAAUAACACCCCUCUGAAAUUACAAUCUCUGGUUCGGGAUUGGCUUUUUUCAGUGUCAGUCACAUCCAACUGCCUCACCCCCAACCACAGAGGGAAAUAGAAUGAUGCUGCGUUCAAAGCAACUGGGUGCUCAGAACUCUGAAAUCUCAGACUUCCAACUUUAGUGCGUUCAAGACAUCUGGGAACUCAUAAAAAAACGAGCUCAGACUGGAAAAAAUAGUUUUGAAGGGUCAUCCAACUCGGAAUUCCAACUCGGAAUUCUAAGGCCUCUUUCUUGAGGUUCAACUUUCCAACCUGAAGAUCACUGACGCCAUGAUUUUUUUCGGGUUCCCAGUUGUCUUGAAUGUGUCAUGGGAGAAACGUAGUGACAUCAGAAUCAUAUCCAGUGAUGUCAUUGAUAAUGUCAUCAGCAGCAGCCGUAGUCCCUGGACUGGGAGGACUAGAGAUAGACUUUGUGUCUAAUGAUUGGUGCUUUUUUAUUUUAUAUACCGUGGUCACUUUAAAUGCUAUUGUUUAAUACCUGAAAUAGACAUUUUUAAAUAUGUUUUGAAGCAGAAAAGGCAAGUAUAUGACCCACUCCACCCGCCACCAAACAACAAGUGGCUAACAAGUGUACACAAAAGUACCAAUAAAAGAUUAGGAUCAAAAUCCACGCUCCAUACUGUACCUUUGUAAGAUGUAUUGCUAAAAUCCUCGCCUAUAUGCUCGAGUGAAAUAGUGAAAUGCUCGAGUGAAUUAUCUCACAUGUACAUUGCCGCCCCUUUCUACCUUUGCCUCAUUUUAGAAAACAUGUUUUCUUUAGCCUUGAUCUCUUCCUCUAGUUGACUGGCAACAGCACAUCCUGAUGGGUACUCCCAUCUACUUCCCAUAAGUCAGUGCUGUACAACUUUGUAAAUGUUUGUCUUACUAUAAUCAAUCUUUCUAUGCCACUGUCAACGAACUUCCACAGAGUCAAUCAAUGUCAUCAUUCUAAUAACAACUAGGACAUGUUAUUUUCAUUAACAGAAACUAUUUAUUGUUCUUUAUAUGAUUCAUCUGUAAAGACGUGUAAUUUCUUUUUUUCCCCUGGUUGUCCAGGUCAACCAAUUCCAAAACAAUACAAAAUAAAGUUUUGUAAAACCUGAA